CGGCGUUUGUGAAGGCGGCCAUGGGCGCGCUCUGGCGGGGCGCGCGGAGGAGGCGCCUCUCUCGGCGAGCUGCCAUGCCUUUGGCUGCGUUUACUGCAAAUGUGCCAGGCGGACUAAAGGGGUUGGAACAAGGCCUGCUUGAUGUGGGUAUCGAGGUUCAGGAAGUGCCGAUCAGCUCGCCCAAAGUGCUGCCUUGGGAGGACGAAUGGAAAUGGCGACCUCAGCGCAAGGAAAGGAAAGAAGCUGCUGGAGGCUGGUGGCCCAAGAAAGCACCAGCACGCGUUUCACAGUCGGAGGAGGCGGCUACGGUUACCUGGGUGGAGCUGCGCGGAAGCUCCAAGAAGAUGUACAGCUUCAUUGGCGCGGGACAACAGGAACGCUUGAAGGAACGCACACUCUCAGAAGAUAAGCUGGUGGCGGAGAAGAUCGGUGGUGUAUUGCGGGAUCAGUUCCUUCCAGUUGGCUAUCCACACAGCGUCUCGCCAGGGUUUCUAGCAUACACAUGUUGGCAUACUUUGCAAGAAUGUGCUAAUGCGGCCAUCUCCGUCAUUUCAACUCAGUCUCUACUACUGGCGGCAGGGUUGAGGCCAACACCAGCCCAAGCUACGAUUGUCAGCUGGGUAUUGAAAGAUGGGAUGCAACACGUAGGAAAGCUGAUUGGGAGUAGUAAUGGGGCUCGCAUGGAUGCGGAACCAAAACGAUGGAGACUAUUUGCGGACUUGAUGUUCGACAUAGGCGCGGGGUUGGAAGUGUUGUCUCCUCUCUGUCCGAACCAUUUUUUGUCAGUAGCGGGCUUGGCGAACCUGUCCAAGGGUGUGUCACUUGUUGCGGCGCGAUCAACUCGGUUACCUAUCUAUAAUGCAUUUGCAAGGGAGGGGAAUCUAGGGGAUUUGCACACAAAAGGAGAGGCAAUUGGAGUGUUCUCAAACCUUUUGGGAAUGGCCAUUGGCAUUCGCUUGGCAUCCACAGUCUGUAACACUAUGCAUGGCAAGAUUUUGACGGCUUCAGCUUUGUCGGCUGUGCACUUAUUUGCCUCCUCGAGAGAGAUGCGAUCAACGCCAUUGAAUACACUGAAUGGACGGCGCACAGGGAUGCUUAUCAAGGACUAUCUAGAGACCGGGAAGGUCCCACGACCAGCUGAACUUGCACACAAAGAGAAUUUUCUGAUGGCACCACAAGGAACACAACCAGUUGUGGGCGAUGUGCAGCUCAACGUUCCCAUUUCAAAAACUGUUGCCUCCCCAUCAGUGCUAGCAGAACUGGUGGAGAAAUUUAGGGGCGAAAAAUUCAUAUUGAAUUUCAGAGAUGGACGAACAGAUAUGGUACUCCAUCCAGAAGCCACAGGGGAGGACGCGGUACGUGGAUGGUUGUUGGCUGCGUGUGCGGCGCAGAUUGUCAAAGAGAGAGAGGGCAUGGAACACUGGAGAGAGGAGGGUGGAAAGGGCGCAUCUUCGGCCGAGGUGGGCAGCGAGAAGUCGAGCUUUGCCGAAGAACAGCCACCUUCAACUGUGAGGAGAAGGGCAACUGGCGCGACGAGGGAUGGAAGUCGAGGAGCAAAAAACAGCGAUCAUCCCGGUCGUCACCGCACUCUUCACGACGGGAACAGAGUCGCGGCUGAGGAUGAAGACGGGAGUGCACCGGCAAACAAUGCGGUUAUUCGUGGAAAACACAGCGCUAGGGAUAAAAGAUGGGCUUCUGAGCGAUCAGAAGUUAUGGGACCGGGCACGAACAGAAUGGUUGUGAUUGACGAGGCCUAUGCCCGGAUGGAGGGGCUUCUUCCUCCCCUGCUGCAGGGCCUCCGAGAAGCAGGCUGGCACACCCACCUAUUUGCGGAAGGUACUGCUGUAAGAGCGGCGUGGUAAAAUCAUUUGACUGUCUCACCGACUAGCCCAUUCUUUUGAGUUUCUUUCUUUCGGCUGGAGUCUGUGCGCAGGGUGAGAGAGGAGGAGGAGGAGGAGGAGGUAAGCAGUAGUUUGCUUGCUGCAGAGCAAUUGAGAUAAGAUCUCUUUUUGACGAAUAGCAUCCACCAGGUAGUGUAAUGAGUGAUCAAGCAAUGAUGGAGAUGGCCAAUUGGGAGACAUCCUUGAGAGCUGGUCAUAUAGGACAUGUCUGUCCACGGGGACCACCUCGUUGGCUCUCCACUUUGUGCUGUUUCAUGUAAUCGAGUGUCUCUUCACAGUUGAUUUAUAUUAGGGCUUUUGUUUUUUUUGUUUUGUUUUUUUUCCAUUACUGAGCGACUUCUCUACUUCUUGUCCUUGCUUUGAUAUUCCUUUCAUCAAUCAUCAGCAAAUGAGAUUUCUGCCCUUUCGCUUCUCUUCAGAAACUAAUCAUCGUCAUCAGAAAAGCAGAACGCUGAAGAUUUCUACUUUCACUGACUGUUUUGAGGGACAAAGAAACUCUUGCAUUGCCCCACAGAGCAUCAUAUUUCACAGAUUCAUAGUAGUUGCGGAGUAUCUGUUAUACAUCCCCUCUCUCUCUCUCUCUCUCUCUCUCUCUCUCUCUCUCUCUCUCUCUCUCUCUCUCUCUCUCUCUCUCUCUCUCUCUCAGAUUUAUCAGAAACACAGAGCGCUGAAGAUUUGUACUUUAACCG